AUGACUUCUGAGUGUUCCCCCAGGGGCUGCUCUUCUGAGUCCUGUGACAGGGUUUCCACUUGUGCAUCAGCUUCAGCCUGUCCUACAGACACAGCUUGCCUCCCCAGUGCCCAGGCUACACCCAGAUGUCAGACCCCAAGCUUCCUAUCCAGGUCUCACGGUUGCCUCACACCGUGCUACUUUGCUGGGAGUUGUAAUAGUCCGUGCCUGGUGGGGAGCUGUACGUGGUGUGAGGAUGGAGCGUUCAACUGCAACGAGAAGGCGACCAUGCAAUUCCUGAAUGACAGACUUGCCAACUAUCUGGAGAAGGUGCGCAGCCUGGAAGAGACCAAUGCAGAGCUGGAAUGUAGGAUCCGAGAGCAAUGCGAGCCAGAAGGCCCACUGGUGUGUCCAAAUUAUCAGUGUUAUUUCGACACCAUUGAAGACCUCCAACAAAAGAUCUUGUGCACGAAGGCAGAGAAUUCUAGACUUGCUGUACAGGUUGACAACUGCAAACUGGCUGCUGAUGACUUUAGGUCAAAGUAUGAGAGUGAACUGUCCCUUCGCCAGCUGGUAGAGUCUGACAUCAGUGGCCUGCAUGGGAUCCUGGGAGAGCUGACCUUGUGUAAAUCCGAUCUGGAGGCACACGUGGAGUCUCUGAAGGACGAUCUCCUUUGCCUUAGGAAAAGUCAUGGAGAGGAGGUCAACGUGCUGCGUGAACAGCUUGGAGACCGACUCAGCGUGGAGCUGGACACUGCCCCCACCGUGGACCUCAACAGGGUCCUGGAUGAGAUGCGAUGUCAAUAUGAAACAGUGCUGGCCAACAACCGCAGGGAUGCAGAAGAAUGGUUCACGGCUCAGACGGAAGAGCUGAAUCAGCAGCAGCUGUCCAGUGCUGAGCAGCUGCAGGGCUGCCAAACAGAGAUGCUGGAGCUGAAACGCACAGCCAACGCUCUGGAAAUCGAGCUCCAGGCACAACAAAGCCUGACAGAAUCUCUGGAAUGUACUGUGGCAGAAACUGAGGCCCAGUACAGCACUCAACUGGCCCAGAUGCAGUGCCUGAUAGACAGCGUGGAGAACCAGCUGGCUGAGAUCCGCUGCGACCUAGAGCGGCAGAAUCAGGAAUAUGAGGUGCUGCUGGACACGAAGGCCCGGCUGGAGUGUGAGAUCAACACAUACCGGGGCCUGCUGGAGAGCGAGGACAGCAGGCUUGCCUGUAACCCGUGCUCUACAACGUCCACUUCAAGCAGCACUCGUGAGCCAUGCUCAGCCUACAUCAUUUGCACUGUUGAUAAUUGCUGUGCAUGA